CCAAAAUUGAAAAAAAAAAACAAAAUUGAAAAAAAAAAUAAAAUGGAAACUUUACAAAUUUUGCUAUCAAAUAUUCAUUGCAAUGAUUGUGUCAAUUCAAUCAAAUCAUCACUAUCCACUUUAUUAAAUCUAAAUUCUACUGACACAACUAACUCAUUGUUACCAAAGGUUUUGUUUUCAAUCGAUAAUAAUAAAAUAACAAUCUCUUCUUCACAUCUAAACUUUUUUUCUAACAAUAAUAGUUUUUUGCAAAUAAAGAUUAUCUCACUCUUAAAGAAAUCGGGUUUUAACAUUAGUUUUGUCAAUUUAACAUCUACUCUAUCGAACCAUCAAAAUGACAUUGAUACAGAAUUUCAUAUUGAAAAUUGUCACAACAAGAAUGAAGAUAACAAGGAUGAAGAUAACAAGAAUAACAACACAUUUAACCCCCUUCUGUUUUAUGAAAAAUUUAAAAACACUUAUAUUCUGAAAAACAAUUAUAAACGUCAUCUAGAUUAUUGUAAAGUUUGUCAAGAGUUGGAAAAAGGAAAAGAGUUAGAAAAAAAAAAAUCAAAUUCAAAAAAAAAUAUAUUUCAUUCCUCUUUUUCAAGUAAUGAAACAUCUGAAACUAUCGUCAACCGGCCCCUAGAAGUUUUGGUUGUUCAACCAUCAGAAUUUAGAGCUGUCUUUGCUAUCAGUGGUAUGACAUGCUCUUCAUGUGCUGCAACUGUUCAUGAUACAAUCAAAAAUGCCUUACAAAAGCAUUACUUAAAAAAACUUUUAGCUCAAAAGAUUGAUGAUGAAAUCUUUGUUGAUAUUAUAACAAACAACACUAUAGUGAUUAUUCCAAACAAACAAAUAGCAAAUGAGAUAGUUUCCUCUAUUCGUGAAGUUGGUUUCAAUUGUUCCUUGUUGGAAGUUUUGCCCAUUGAAAGAUCUCAAAAAUUCAAAGUGAUCGCUGCUAUUGGUGGGAUUACAUGUGCUUCUUGUGCUUCGAUUAUAACUUCUUCUGUUUCCAAUCUACCAUUCCUAGAAGAUUCAGCAAUUAAUGUGGUUUCAAAAGUUGGUUUUUUUAUUAUCAAUUCCAACAAUAAAGAAAAUAUUUCUCAAUUAAAAGAAACAAUUGAGGAUUGUGGUUACGAUUUCGAUUUGGUUGAAAUAAAAGAAGUUGAUCAAGCUGUAAAAAAAAACCAAUCGAGAACAAUUAAUUUGAAAGUUGAUGGAAUGUUUUGCAAUAAAUGUCCAGAAUCGGUUAAUAAUUUGCUUAAAUCCUUUGGUAAAACUGUAGUGGUCAGUGAUCCAAUAACUUUAUCUCGUCCUUUUGUUAAACUAACUUAUUUAUCUUCGGAAAGCUUGACAAUUCGUAAAAUCAUGCAAAAAUUGGAUGAGGUCUCUCCUGUUUUCAAAGUUGAAUUAGUUAAGCCAAUUUCAAUUGAUAGCCAUUUGAAAAAAAUGGCUAAACUUGAAAUUAAAAAAAUCAUUAUCAGAUUAGCAUUGACAAGUGUAAUUGCAAUUCCAACAUUUGUGUUUGGUGUUGUUGGUAUGAGCUUGAUUAAAAAAGAUAGCAGUUUUAUGAAAUGGUUAAAUACUCCAAUUUUCAAAACAAAUAUUUCAAGAAAUGAGUGGAUUUUAUUUUUCUUAGCUACUCCCGUUUAUUUUUUUGUUGCCGAUAUUUUCCAUCGUAAGGCUAUAAGAGAAAUUUACAAUCUAUGGAAGCCCCAUAAUUCCUGGUACAAGCGUUUCUUUAAGUUUGGUUCCAUGUCAUUAUUAAUGUGUCUUGGUACCAGUAUUGCGUAUUUUUCCAGUGUAGCGAUGAUGAUAGUUGCUGGUACCAAAAAAAACAAUCACCACAAAAGUUAUUCCACAAAUUAUUUUGAUACUGUUGUUUUUCUAACAUUCUUUUUGCUAAUUGGAAAAUUGUUGGAAAGUUAUUCCAAAAUCAAAACGGCAGAUGCGAUUUCAAACUUAGGUGAAUUAAAGCCAAAGAAAGCCAAUCUUAUUGAAAACAAUGGGCUCAAUAAUCGGGGCAUGAAGGUUGCAAUUGAAGACUUGUUGGAUCAAUCUGGGUAUGGCAACGACAAGGAAACUAGCCUUGACUUUUUAGAGGUUGGAGACAUAGUCCGCAUUUAUCCAGGAAACUCGCCUCCUGCUGAUAGUAUAAUCCUUUUGGGGUCUUCAAAAUUUGAUGAAAGUGCUCUUACUGGCGAAUCCAAUGCUAUUACUCGACAAAAGGGUGAUCAAAUAUUUGCUGGAACUAUUAAUGUGGGGUCGAGCUCGGUGAUUGCAAAGGUUUCAUCUGAGAAUGGUACGACCCUUAUAGACCAAAUUGUAAAUACAGUCAGAGAUGCUCAGCAACAUAAAGCACCAAUCGAGAGAACUGCUGAUAAACUAACUGGAUACUUUGUUCCAUUAAUUGCGCUUUUCGCUGUACUUACCUGGGUUAUAUGGAUAUCUUUGGGUUAUGGAGGAGUAUUGCCCCAAAGGUAUUUAGAUGCUGAAAUUGGUGGUUGGGCAGUGUGGUCAUUGGAGUUUGCAAUUGCAGUUUUUGUGAUUGCAUGUCCCUGUGGGAUUGGAUUAGCAGCUCCCACAGCAAUAUAUGUUGGAUCUGGAUUGGCGGCAAAAAAUGGAAUAUUAGCCAGAGGUGGUGGUGCUGCCUUUGAGGAAGGAUCAAAGAUCAAUGUUGUUUGUUUUGAUAAAACCGGGACUUUAACAAAUGGAGGAGAGCCACAGGUCACAAAUUUUUCGUUUAUUAAACAAAAAAUUCUUGCAAAGAAUUUACAAGAAAAUAAUGAUAAAGUUUUAAGAAAAAUGGUAUUUCAAAUAACUAGGGAUUUGGAAUUAAAUUCUAGUCAUCCAUUAUCAGUUGGGAUCAAAAAUUUUAUAUCAGAAAUUUGCAAGAAUGAGGGAAUUGAGAUGAAUGGAACAAAAGUGCAGGAUGUUGAAGAAAUACCUGGAAAUGGGUUGAGAGGUAAAGUUACUUUCACUGGAAAUGAUGAUGAGUAUACUUACUGGAACAAAUAUAAACCAUUGAAGGCAAUUUUGGGAAAUGAGAACUUGAUGGAAAAAAACAAUUCAAGAAAACUAACGGCAGAAGACCAGAGUAAAUUAACGAAAUGGAAAAAUGAAGGGAAAAGCAUUAUAGUUGUGUCCAUUGAGUUUGAAAGUAUAGGAAAUUUUGUUCCAGUUCUAAUCAUGGCAGCUCGAGAUGAGCUACGAAGAGAAGCUAAAGACGUUAUUAAAGCGCUACAUGAGAUGAAAAUAGAUUGCUGGGUUGUAUCUGGUGACAAUGAAAUAACUGCCAAAGCAAUUGCAAGGGAAGUUGGAAUACCUGAGAAUCAUGUUGUUUCAGAGGUAUUACCUGAGGAAAAGGCUAAUAAGAUAAAAUGGAUACAAAAUGGGUCAAAUUUGGAUUCAGUGUUUGAAGAAAAUAAGAAUAAGAAGGUAAAAGUGGCCAUGAUUGGGGAUGGAAUAAAUGAUGCGCCAGCAUUAGGAGCAGCAAAUAUAGGAAUAGCACUAGGGUCAGGCUCAGAUUUGGCGUUAACAUCAUCAGAUUUUAUUCUUUUAUCAAAAGAGUACCCAUUGAUGACAUUAUUAACACUCUUGAAAUUAUCCAAUAAAGUUUUCAACCGAGUGAGAUUUAAUUUUGGCUGGGCAUUAAUCUACAAUUGUAUUGGAAUUCCAAUUGCAGCUGGGGUGAUUUACCCAUAUAAAAAUUCAAGAUUGUCGCCAGUUUGGGCUAGUGCUGCAAUGGCAGCUUCGAGUGUUAGUGUGGUUUUAAGCAGUUUGGCCUUGCGAUUGUUUAAGAAACCAGCUAUUGUGGAAGAAAGUUAUUUGUUGAAAGAAGAAAAUAGGAAGAAUGAGUUGGUAACCGAAGAGAUUUGAGAUCGACGAA